AUGGAACAUAAUACUUCGAUCUCAUCUUCCUUCGACUCUUCUGUUACAACGCAAUGUCUUUUCGAGUUUGAGUGGCUUCGAGGGAAAGGGUCGGUUUGGGGAGAAGAAAAUCCGGGAAAAGGAGAAAAAUACUGGGAUGAAGUGUUCCGGUUGGAGGCUGAGGACUUGAAGGACGUUGAUGACUAUGGACUCCUUCUCUGUAUGGGCCGAGUACCGAAGAGUCAGAUUCGGGUCCUUUCAAUCAUUCCGCAGGAGCGAGAGCCGCUCUCUGCUCGCGAGGGAUGA